GGGAAGUGUGGACCAAGGCUCAGACUGGAAGUGAUAAGGAGAAGGAGCCAAAGCCACAGCCAAGAAACACACAUGCUCUAAACAGGGAACCCAAGGAGGGGCCAUGCAAAAUAGUGCCUGGAAUGUAUAAACCAGUUUAUGGGAAAAUAUGGAUAUGCAUAAGGGUCUAUGAGUAUGCAACAAGCUGAUGUAAUGGCAAAGGUAUUGAAGGGUUCUCCCCGAAGGUGAAGGUGUGCUCCUCGCUGAGUGCCAAGACACACCCGAUCGUAAUCUUUGCUUUACUGCCUCAGCCUCCUACUGUCCGUUGUUAAACUUUUUACAUUUUCUAAGGAGAGUGAACGUGUUCACACUGUGAUCUGACCAAGACAUUGAUACCGGCAUUGCUCAGGCUCACACUCCUUACGGCUGCACGCAGCACAAAGCCCCGGCCGGCGAACCGAAAGGAAUUCCCAACAUUUCAAUAAACACGGCUUGUUACAACUUUUUUUGUCAAUACCGACUCAGGCACAGGCCCUGGCCACGCGGCCCCGGGAGGAAGGAAGCUGGAAAGAAGACACGGCACACCCUCCCUUGCAGGGGGGAGGAGGCAGCAGCCUUGAGCCCGCGGGGUGAACUUCGCUCCCUGUGGCCGCUCGCGUUCGGUUUCGUUUCCCGGCAGAGCCCUCCCUCUCGGCCCUGCCCCGAGCUGCCGCCAUGGCCCAGGCGAAGGCUAUGGCCGGGCUGAAGGAGGAGCUGACGUGUCCCAUCUGCCUGGACAUCUUCAGGGACCCCACGAUCGUGGACUGCAGCCACAGCUUCUGCAAGGAGUGCGUCAAGCAGGCGCUGCGGGGCCAGCAGAGCCCUGCCCGCUGCCCGCUCUGCCACUCGCCCGUGGGCGAGCUGCGGCCCAACUUCCACCUCCGCAACAUCGUGCAGAGGGUCCUGGACGCUCCCGCGCACCACGAGCAGGAGAAGCAGGACGGGCAAGGCGAGGGCAAGGCGGAAAGCUCGGGCCAGGCAGCGGAGGUGGUGCCGUGCGAUUUCUGCCUCCAGGAGCCGCAGCCCGCGGUGAAGACGUGCCUGAGCUGCGAAGCCUCGCUGUGCCAAGGGCACCUGAGCAGGCACAACAGUAAGGACGGGCAGAAGAGCCAUGUGCUGGUGGAGCCCUGCGACGGCCGGCUGCUGGCCGAGAGGAGAUGCGCCCAGCACGGCAAACUGCUGGAGUGCUUCUGCCAGAACGACUCGGCCUGCAUCUGCGUCCUGUGCUCCGUCAUCUCCCACAAGAACCACAGCAUCAUCAGCUUGGAGGAGGCUUUCAGCGAGGCGCAGGUAUCUUUCCCUGGAAUACUGGAAUCAGUGAAAAACCAUGAAGCUGCCGUGGACAAAGCCAUAGCAAAUCUGCUGGAACAAAAAGAGAGACUAAAGACUGAUGAGAGCCAGAGGAGGGAACAGCUGGAAAGCCUGUUCAAUGACAUCUAUAAGGAGCUGGAGAAGAAAAAAGGAGAGGUCCUGGAAGUUCUCAGUGACUACGAGGGGAAACAACUUUCUGAGAUUCAGAGAGAGAUUAAUAAUCACAAGAGGUUGAAGGAUUCAGCCAGCCAGGAUGUUCGGAGGCUGGAGGCUCUGGGAAAUCAGAAGGACACACUGCUUUUCACCAAGGCUUUUUCGGCGAUCAGAGGCAGGAAAUGCCAGCCCCUUCCUAAAAGGAAAGGUCUGCCAAGGCCACCCAUUACUUUGGAAAAACCAAAAACAGAUAAUAUUAUGAGGCUUUUCCAGAAAUUCAUCUCAGACAUGGAGGUCUCCUUUAGGCAGCCUUGGGUACAGGUAGCACCUAAAGGUCCCUUCUCAUUUGGUGGUGGUACAACAUACCAUGGAUCCACAUACGGACCUACCUUUAGUUUUCCUUACAACUAGCCUAAUGAAAUAUAAAUUCAUUGGCAACCAUAAUGCUAACAGUCAUAGAAAAGAGAGAAGAGAGAGAGAAAGCCCAACCAAAACUAUCAAUGCACAGCACAAUUGCUCCCCCAUCACCUGCUUUCUGAUGUGCAACCACUGUUCCUGAGCAGCAAUUGGCUCUUUGUGGCCAUCUCCCCCCAGUUCAUACACUGGGCAUGGUGUUCUGUGGUGUGGAAUAUCCCUUUGGCCAGUUUGGGUCACCAGCCCCAGCUAUGCUUUUUGUGCACCUCCUUGCUGGCAGAGCAUGAGGCACAGAAAGCUCCUUGGCUCACGUGUACACUGCCCAGCCACAGGCAAACCAUCGUUGUGUUACCAACAUUGUUCCCUGCUGAACUGCACCAGCUGCUGAGAAGAUAAUGAAUUCUCAGGAAUGAAGUUCUCAUGAUUAGAAUGAAUCCCAGCCCAAACUGGGACAGGACUCCAAUACACACAGUGCCAUCCCAGAGCUGCUGGGAGGAGGAUACCAGCAAUGAGAGCUGCUGGAAGCUUGGAAUUGUUUGUGCCUGGUUUGAAUGCUCCUCUCUGCUCCUUGGGUCGAAGAUAUCAACGGUAGAAGAAACACUUUUUUCAUGAUGUGUCUGUCAAGGCUGGACAUCCUGCUAAGAACUUCAGGUUUAUAGAGACUGGAACCAUCCCUUUCAAGUAUCCCAUCCAUGCUGCUAUCAGUGUGUUGAAGCUCCUGUAGUAAUGUGGGGACACGGUGCUGUUUUGUAUUUCCAUGCCUAGAAAUUGUGAGCCUUGCACGGAAGCUGUGCUAAGCUGGCAUGUCAUAAACUCGAUUGUGGGCUGCUGUGAGGGGGUAUAUCACAGCACCCUGCCUCUUCCUGCAAGAGCUCCUGUCUUAUUUGUUCUGUUCAUCAUAAUGGAAAUACCAUUAAGUUGCUCGUUUUUUGCUCAGCUGUUUCAAAUACUGUGUUGGGUUCAUGUUAAUAAAGUCAUAUUACCAGCUUGUUAAA